AUGAGCGUUAUAGACUACCUAUUAGUCCCAGUGUCACUUUUCCCGAUAGUACGUCAACUUAUUGUGUCUAAUUUUACAACUUUUUCCGACCACGCAUUUCUACAUAUACAACUUUCAUUACUGUGUAACAAACAAAAUUCAACACUGUAUCCGGAUGAUGAAACCAGAGAGAAUCUGUCGCAGGACAAAUUUAAAUGGAAUGAUGAAUUAAAAGAACAAUGUAGAGAUUGUUUACUGAAUAAUAUGGAAAAGAUAAAUAUGUGUCGUGAACGCAUUGACUUUGAUGGGCAGCAAUUACUCGACAAUUCGUUGGCCGAAUUCACUAGUACGUUAAAUGUCAUUAUGGCACCAUUUUUUAAAAAGAGGUCAAACAAUUAUAAAUCUGACAGAUCUAAUAUUUGUGAUGAUAAACCUUGGUUUAACGCCCAUUGUAAAGACCUUCAUCGCCGCUAUAUAAAAUGUUUAAAUAUAUUUAAUAGACUAAAAUCACAACUGAACCAUAGUAAUUUAAUCCGAGCGAAAAAGGACUAUAAAACACUAGAACGUCGCCUGAAACGAGAGUAUAUGCGCACCGAAGGAAACAUGUUAGACAUAAUGAGACUUACAAACCCAAAAUUGUUUUACAAGAAAUUUAAAAGGAAAGCGUCUCCUAAACAUGCUGUACCAUUAAAGUUGUUCCAUGAACAUUUUAAGUCAUUGUGCUCAUCAGACACAGAUGCUGUACUGGACGACAGCCAAUUUAAUAACACUGAUGGUGAAUGCGUCUAUGAGGAACUUGAUAGAGAAAUUACAGAAAAUGACAUUUUGAAAGCUAUUCGUAACCUUAAACGUGAUAAAAGUCAUGGAGUUGAUGGAAUUCUUAACGAAUAUUUUAUUGAAUACAAAGAUGUGUUUAUGCCUGUAUUACUGUACAUUUUUAAUGGAAUUUUACAGUCCGGAAUUUUCCCUACGGACUGGGCUAAAGCCAUACUUAUACCUAUAUUCAAGAAGGGCAAUGUGCUUGAUCCGAACAACUACAGAGGGAUUAGUUUAGUCAGUAAUUUUGGAAAGUUGUUUACGUCCGUUCUCAAUCAACGUUUAAUAGACUGGUCGGAAACGUUUGAUAUUGUGACCGAUGCCCAGUUCGGCUUUCGCCCCGGUCUGGGUACAGUAGAUGCUAUUUUUGCUCUUACAUCAUUAAUUUUCAAAUCUUUAUCAGCCAAAAAUCGUUUUUAUUGUUGUUUUGUAGACUACACAAAAGCUUUUGACACUGUUCAAAGAUAUAUGUUAUGGUAUAAACUAUCAAAAAUUGGAAUACAAGGUAAAUUUUUAAUGGUUAUCAAAGCAAUGUAUUCUAAUGUAACUUCUUGUGUAAGUGUUGAUGGGUUCAACUCUGAUUAUUUUACUAAUGAAGUAGGUUUGAUGCAAGGUGAAGUCUUAUCACCGAUAUUUUUUUCUAUGUAUGUCAAUGAUUGUGAAAUGGCUUUUAUAAAUAGUGACUCUAUUCCUUAUGAGAUGAAGGAACUAAAUUUAUUUUUACUAAUGUACGCUGACGAUAUGGUUAUUUUUUCAGAAACUGUAUCUGGGUUACAAACAUUACUUGAUACUUUGUAUGAUUAUACCUCCAAAUGGUCACUUAGUGUGAAUAUAGCAAAAACGAAAAUUGUUGUUUUUAGAAAGGGUGGUAAAAUACAUGACAAUGAAAAAUGGUAUUAUAAUAACCAGGAAAUAGAAGUUGUAGAUAAGUUUAGUUAUCUUGGUAUUUUGUUAAAUUUUAAUGGUAAAUAUAAUGUGUUACAGCAGAAACUCUCAGAACAGGUGAACUGUAUGUGUUCAUGGCCAUGUAAUUGGCAAAAGCGUACAUUCUACAACGAAGCAGCCAACUUAGACCUUUUUGUUCCAAAUGCAUACCAGUUGAAUAUUGCACCUGACACUGUUAUAGAAUGUUUGAUUAGGGAAGGACCGUUCAUUGUUGGCAGACGAGUUGGAAACGUUUACAGAUGUAUAAAAAUUAACGACGUGUGUGAGGACAGCUUUGUGGUGAUACAGACACCUCUAAUCAAACUGGAACAUCCUCCAAAUUUAUGCGACAUUUGUACUCCUGGUAAUCUUACCAGCAAGCCACAAGUAUGGGUCGAUCUAGGAUGCGAUGUACCAAAGAACUGUCCUGUACAACGUCGUACAGAAACUCAAUGUAAUGGAUGUGAAAAGAACCAACCAAAUGAUGACAUAGCCUGCAGCACUUGCAAAAAAGACGGGAAAAAAAAGUUGGAAGUUCAAAGGAAAUAUUCCGGAGAGAAGAAGAAAUCAACCUAUGGUUCAUAUUCCGGAGAGAAGAAAAAAUCAACCUAUGGUUCAUUUUCUAGAAGUUCUUACAGAGGCUAA